GCAAGCCGGACGGACGGCUGGAUGGACGGUGGGGCCGGCCGGCCUCCAUCCCUUUCGUGGCCUGACAUCACCCAGCGCCGGCCGCGGAGCUCGUGGACGCGCGCGCGUCUGUGCCCGGCGCCCCCUCCCUCGGGCGGAUUCCCAAGUGACGCGAAGAACACGCCUCCUGGUCCGGGACGGAAUGAGUCACUGGCUGGUGAUGAGGCAAAAGCCGAGCGGCAGGAGGAGGAGGAGGAGCUGGCAUUUCACCGGGCUGUCAUUAGAAGCUCCUGGGAGUGACCUUGGCUCCAGUCCUUUGCAAUGCGAUGAGUUUCCCUACUUGUAAACAUCCUUGUCAGGCUUCAGAGGCAAAGCAGGGCGCAGCAGAGAGCUUUGGACACCCGGAGUGGCUGUGAUGCAUUACCUGAGAGGCGGAUCAGAUCCAAAGAAGCUGCGGCGGCAGCGGCAGCAGCCUCUCUGCUCUCCAGCUAUGGCACGCCCGGUUGGCAGCGCCUGCCAGCACCUGCAGCUGCCCGCCUCUCCCCCCAUCGCUUAAUGCCCCCCUCUUUGCCCUCUGCCCCUGGAGCUGGGCGAGCCGGGACCUUCUUGCCCCGCCACCCUUCAGCCGAUGAGCCAGAGGGGAUCCAGGAUGAUGCCAGCCCGGGGGUACCUCCUGGCAACGGCCGUGUUCUGCUGCUGCCUGUCCUGCACCCAGCAGGAAAAAAAAGGAUGGGAAGGGCCUGGCUGUGACUAUCAUGAAGGGACCCUGCACUUCUGAAUUUGCCACUCCACUACUGCAGCGGUCUCUUUGCAGUAGCAACUGUGCUUCCAAGAUCAUAUCACACCUUUCAUCAUGUUUUCGCUGGGGUCUACUCCUGAUCCGCCAGCAGGAGUGGUGCCCUUUGAGGAAGUCUGGAGCCGCAGCUACUGUCGGGCCCGGGAGACCCUGGUCGAUGUCCUGAAUGAGUUCCCCCACGAGGCCGAACACAUCUUCAAACCGCCGUGUGUCCCCCUAUGGCGAUGCGCUGGCUGCUGUGGUGACGAGAGCCUGGAGUGUGUCCCUGUGGAGACCCGCAUGAUUGGUUUGCAAGUGGUGAGGGUGAGCCCCAUCCUUGGCACAACUCGGCAGGAAGACAUGAGGUUCAUGGAGCACACGCAGUGUGCUUGCAGGCCUCGACGAAAACGUUUGAAAAGCGAGAGGAGCCACCGGAUAGGGGCCAAGAGAAGACCCCGGGGGCCAAGCCCUACCGCUUCCACACCCCUCAGCUGCAAACUCCCCAGCACAGGGAGGCAAGAGGCUUUGAACGAGGACCCGGCGGCAACGUUGAGCCCAGCUGAAGCCAGCAGCCCACCUCCUUCCACAAGAGCUGUUUCCCUCUGAUGCUUGUACACAGGAGGCUGCAUCGGGCUGGGACCGUGUGCAAGGAAGCUGGCCCUAGAGGGAUGGCGAAGAAAGACUCGCCUGCAAAGCCCAGUCUGUGGAUUGUCCUCAGUGUGUGUGGAUGCCCUCUUCUUGACAGCGGUGGUGUUAGGGGACAUUCAUCACCAGUGGAGGUGAGACCCACCAGCUGAUGACAUCUUGUUAUCCAUCCAAGAGCUUUCCUUUCUGACUCUGGUCCCCAAUACCUAUUGCAGCCUUCCCCCAACCUGGUAUCAUCCAGCUGUUUUGGACUUACAACUCCAAAACCUCUGGAGUCACCUGGUUGGGGACAGCUGGUCAAUAGCAUACACACAGAUUUGUUUCUUCUUCUGAUGACCCAAUGGGCUCCAGAUCUGCACUGAAGAAAAGCAUGCCUGCCCGCCUGGCCCCCCUCUUAUUUAUGAUGUACCAUUCCUAUGUCUAAAACACACAUCUGUUCUAUGAAUGCAUCCUGUGUGUGGCUGUAUGUGCGCAAGUGAGUGUGUGUUCACACAAAAGAUGUUAUAUUGGCUUUUAGCAUGAUAGAACCUGUAAUCUUUCACAAAUGCUAUGUUUUAAAAAUUGUGAUUAUGUGCCAUCAGGAAAGUUGGGAAAAUCCAGUGCUUGUUUCUGAAAAUGGAAAAGGGAUUAGCUUAGGUCUGUCUGGAAGCCAGGCACUCUGUCCUUGAAGGUCUGUUUCCUAACUGCAGAUAAGUGGGAGCAACUUUUGUCUACUGAGGGGUGGUGAGCAAAAGACACUCUACACAUAUGCAAUGACACUCUUUCCAUUAUUAUUAUACCACAUCGUGGGCUGCUUGCUUCACUUUCUGCCUUUGCUAGACUCUCAUCCUGCGAGGCAGCCUCCUAAGUGCAUUAGAGUUACUUGAGCAGUGCCAAAGUAUAUUGUAGUCUGCCUCAUCUCAUUGAUAUUUCUUUUAGCCAUUGGCCUGUGAAGCCACUCACAUGUCCUUCACUUCCUUGACAAACCAUUGCAGUACCUCCCCCCCACAAAUUGAGUAGCCUGCCUUUUAAAGUGCCUUUGACUUGAACAGCGCUAAUGUGCGUUGAAGUCCACAAGAAGGCUUUUUUUUUAAAGUAUCAACAGUUGGAGCUGUUGCUUUCCUUAACUCUGCUCCAAGGGUUAUCUAGACUCGUAGAGUGUAGGAAUUCUACACCGGGAGAUCUAACAUGUAGAGAAAAAGUAGUAAGAAAAGCUAAGCAGACGUAGACUUUGGUUAUUUCAACUAUGGCCACAAGCACAAGCCACUUUAAAAGAUGCGCCCACCCACAUGGAUGAAAGAGCAGAGAGAAGUAUCUUUCAUGUGGACAUUUGUGAAUGGUUAAGAACAGCUUCACAACAAAAGGCAUCCUCUGUAAGUUGCAUGAGGUGGUUUGAUUUCAUUUAUUAGCUGACACUAUGGAACUUACAAAUGAAUAGGGGUGUGUGUUGUGUGUCUUCCAGUAAAGAUGGCAAUCUGCUCAUGUCAGGAGGUGGGAAACAGCUCUGUGAAAGUCACAGAGAGCAAACCUCUUUAAAAAUUAUGCGUGUCUGAAUGAACGAUCUAUGGCAAAGUUAUUGCUUUUGUGGUUUCAAACAUGUGGUUUUGAUGUUAACAAUUGAGUGAGAGAGAUCUAAAGGUGCCCAUUAUGUUUGGGGCUGUUAAAUUUACAAGAGUCAGACCAUGAUUCAUUCACCUCGUGAAUAUGGCCAAAUAGAUUCUCCUCCUGCUGAUGUUUGCUUUACAAAAAUGCAGAUAUUAUUUGUAAAUUUAUUUUCUUACAAUGGUUUCCAAUCAUAGGUGCCAUUGAAUGU